CCCCCCCUUGCGCCCGACCCGAAUAAACAUAAACUUUUGGCGCUCGGUGCGGACUUCUUGGAUCCGCGCUGGUGCCCUCCCGGCGGCGCCUCUGGCGCCGCCCCCGGGCGCUUAGGGGGGUCCAGCGCAAAUCCAAGAAAUCAGUGCGGAGCGCUAAAUGUUUAAGUUUAUGGCGUUCUGUCUUCUUCUAUGGGGUCGGCCUCAUACUGUGACCGAUCAGAGUGGGUUGGCAGGAGACAUUGCAGGGCAGUCUGGCAAGCGGUGUUUUUUUGCUUACUCUUGAGGCUCCGAUGCGAAGGUUACGGCCCUGCGCCAGGGAAGCGUCAGCAUGAACGCCGCCCCUUCUCCCAAAUCUAGGUUUGGAACACAUCGGCUUUGCUGCCGUGAUCUUCUCUGGCUCUGAAGUGCCCUUGCGCAAUGAUCAAGAGGCGACGGCCUUCACCUCCGUAGCCAUUUUGGCUCAAGGGUUUCUUGCCCAAGCCGCAUUAGCAGCUAGCCAGCUCAUUGCUUUCCUGGGACUCGCUAUCGCGUCUUGCGUUUCUGUCACGCCAUGUAUCGCGUUGGCAGCGCAGUCCUCGGUGCCGUUAGCUUCCAGCUCGCGCAUUUGGCCCUGGAGGCGCCGCAGAGUCGGGCAGCGUGGGGUUGGAGCAUGGACGUGCCGCCUGGCCUUGGCUUCACGUGCGAGGAAGGCAGCACCAUUGCGGGAGCUGCCGGUUCACCCGACAGCGAUUUCGAUUGCACAGUUGUACCGGACAGCGGCAUGGAAUGCGAUGUAUCGAGCACGAGCAUAGUGUGCUACAAGACUGCCACGCCAAGCGACACCUUCAUCCCAACAGCGGGGCUUUGCGUCAACAAUGGCCAUCCGCCCGAUAUGGAUGACAACGACUCGGCGAUCAUGUGGAGCACAGUGCCAUCAUGCACCGAGGUCGACACGACGGUCGAUGAUAUGACAAGCAACGCACCUAUGGCAUCAGCCGUUGGUGCGGCAGUUGCAGUGAGCGUGCUCUGCGUCUAGAUCAAGACCCCGUGCUUAGCGCCCGCUUUUGAAUUCACGAUUCAUGAUCGUUUGGUUUUCUUUGCGCAGAGCAGGCGCGCAUAAUUUUCAGUGCUGGUGUCAUUUUCAGUUGCCGACGCGUGGGCCACAGGAGCGCGCGCCAGAGGCAUUUUUCUCUAGCUUCCGCAGUCUUCAUAUGAUAGCCAACGGCUUGCAGCAUUAAAAAGGAA